UCUCUCUCUGAUUGGAUAGACAGCCUGACGGUUGGAACUCAACAUGCCAGUGAUGUCAACGCCAGACUUCAGACUGUAACCAUGGGCAACGUGGAGAGCCAGAACGGCGAUCACGCCUUCUACGGCACCCAACAUGGCCACCUGUCCCGUAAGCACAUGUCUCGAUCUCUCCGCGUCUCCAACAAGCACCAUCAGUCCCAGUCCAGUUCUGGUUCCACCUGCCGCUCCCGUGACUGUCACGCCUCGCAAGGCAAAGUAGAUCACCGAAACUCUGAGACCUCCACGCGUUCCAGCAGCACCCCUAGUAUCCCACAGUCCUUAGUAGAUCACGCCCUGGAGCCCUUCAACCAGACCAAUGUCCUGUCAGACUACUCCUCUCCGAUCUGGGUGGACCGCGUGGCCAUGAACCUCCGGCCCGUCUCCUGCCAUACCCACCUAGACAACCCAUCUGUAACACUCCAUCAAGACGCAGAGUCAUCUGGGACUAGACCCCACGAACCCCAGGGUCUACAGGACAGAGGACUGGGCCUAUACAGUAACACAGGGGAGGCGACCUACCUUCAGAAGACUAGAGACGGACCUAGGGAACCCCGAGAGGUGGUCAGCUUCAAGAAGAAGAGAUCCAAAUCAGCCGACAUGUGGAGAGAAGACGACAGUCUGGACUUAAGUCUGUCAGACCUCAGCCAGGAACACCUCACCAGGUUAGAGAAGUCAGGCCUCAGAACACCUCACCAG